CCUUCACAAUGGCUCCUGUAACAAGUUCUGAUGUUCUCGAAUACGAAAAGUCCAUCUUCGAUGCUGGACUACACUUUGCGCGACCUUCGUUCACCUUUCAGUCCUCGGAAUGGGAGCCUAUGGCCAAGAAAGUACUCUCUGCAACCUCCUGGGGCUACAUCCACGGCAACUGCGGAGCUGGCUCAACAUACCAGAAUAAUCUCAUCUCUUUCACGCGUUGGUCAAUUGUGCCUAGGCGCCUAGUGCCCAGCCGAAAGGAUGAUGCUGGCAACGAGAGGUUUUCGGACACGACGACAACGGUUCUCGGUCAAACUCUGCCCUUCCCGGUUGCUAUUGCACCAAUUGGUGUGCAAAAGAUCUUCAAUCCUGAGGGAGAGUCUGCUACUGCCAGAGCCACUGCCUCACUUGGCAUCCCGUAUAUCUUGAGCACAGCAUCAAGCACAAGCAUUGAGGACGUGGCAGCUGCAAACGGUGCCGGUGCCCCUCGGUGGUACCAGCUUUACUGGCCGAGCCGUGAGCAUGACGACUUAACCAUCUCCCUCUUGAAACGAGCCAAGGCAGCCGGUUACACCGCUCUCUUUGUCACACUCGAUACUUAUGUGCUUGGAUGGCGUCCUAGUGAUCUGGACAAUGGCUACAACCCGUUUAUCCAUCCAGACCAUAUCGGCGUCGAAAUUGGGCUGACAGACCCCGUCUUCCAAAAGAAGUUCAAGGAAGAACAUGGGUACGACAUCUCCAGUGCUCCCAGUGGUGUGUACCAAUCAGCUCAAGGCGGAACAACCAGAGCGAGUCUUGGCCCGGCAGCCCGAGAAUGGGCCAAAAUUGUUUUCCCCGGACACUCACACUCUUGGGAAGACGUCGAGUUCCUAAAGAAGCACUGGGACGGACCUAUCGUUCUAAAGGGCAUUCAGAGUGUGCACGAUGCUAAGAAAUGUGUUGAAGUGGGCGUCCAAGGAAUUGUUGUGAGCAACCAUGGUGGAAGACAGCAGGAUGGUGGAGCCAGUAGCUUGGGAAUGCUGCCCAAGAUUGUGGAUGCUGUUGGAGAUAAGAUCGAUGUCAUCCUUGACAGUGGUAUCAGAUGCGGUGCUGAUAUCAUCAAGGCAAUUGCUCUGGGAGCCAAGUGUGUCCUCAUCGGUCGACCAUAUGCGUAUGGAUUGGCACUUGGGGGAGAAGAGGGAGUGAGGCAUGUGCUUCGAGCCAUGUGUGGUGAUUUAACCAUGAACAUGCACCUUGCAGGUCUCCGUGACAUAAAUGAAGUCACUAGGGAUAUUCUAGUCAAGGAGUCGGAUCUGGUCUAA